GCUUGACUGACAGAUGAAUUCUUACAGUUUCCCUUGGACCAUGUCACUGGGAGGAAGAGGAAUGCUGUGAACCUGACCCAUUUGUCUUUACCUGCUCAGUCAAGUGACAGCUCAGAGCCCAGGAGUAGGAGUGCUGAAAAACGGGCACAGUGAAGAUGAGUAUGGAGGAGAGCACCUCAGCUCCCUUCUACACCACCUCAGAUACCAGCAAGGUUGUCUCCACCUUUUCUGUCGUGGACUAUGUGGUAUUUGGCCUGUUGCUGGUUCUCUCCCUUGCCAUUGGGCUCUAUCAUGCUUGCCGUGGAUGGGGCCGGCAUACUGUUGGUGAGCUGCUGCUGGCAGACCGAAAAAUGGGCUGCCUUCCUGUGGCACUGUCCCUGCUGGCCACCUUCCAGUCAGCAGUAGCCAUCCUGGGGGCACCAGCUGAGAUCUACCGAUUUGGAACCCAGUAUUGGUUCCUGGGUUGCUCCUACUUCCUGGGGCUCCUGAUCCCUGCUCACGUCUUCAUCCCAGUCUUCUACCGCCUGCAUCUUACCAGUGCCUAUGAGUACCUGGAGCUUCGCUUUAAUAAAGCAGUGCGUGUCCUCGGAACUGUGACCUUCAUCUUUCAGAUGGUGAUCUACAUGGGAGUCGCUCUCUAUGCACCAUCCUUGGCCCUCAAUGCAGUGACUGGAUUUGAUCUGUGGCUGUCAGUUCUGGCCCUAGGGAUUGUCUGCAACAUCUACACAGCACUGGGUGGGCUGAAGGCUGUCAUCUGGACAGAUGUGUUCCAGACACUGGUCAUGUUCCUUGGGCAGCUGGUGGUUAUCAUUGUAGGCUCUGCCAGAGUAGGCGGCUUGGGGCACGUAUGGGAAGUGGCCUCCCAGCAUAAACUCAUCUCUGGGAUAGAGCUGGAUCCUGACCCAUUUGUGCGGCACACUUUCUGGACUUUGGCCUUUGGGGGUGUCUUCAUGAUGCUGUCUUUGUAUGGUGUGAACCAGGCUCAGGUGCAGCGCUACCUCAGUUCCCGCUCAGAGAAGGCUGCUGUGCUCUCCUGCUAUGCAGUGUUCCCCUGCCAGCAAGUGGCUCUCUGCAUGAGCUCCCUCAUUGGUCUCGUCAUGUUUGCCUAUUAUAAGAAAUAUACUAUGAGCCCCCAGCAAGAGCAAGCAGCACCUGACCAGUUAGUCCUCUAUUUUGUCAUGGACCUCCUGAAGGACAUGCCGGGGCUGCCGGGGCUCUUCGUUGCCUGCCUCUUCAGUGGAUCCCUCAGCACCAUAUCAUCUGCAUUCAAUUCACUGGCAACUGUCACCAUGGAAGACCUAAUUCAGCCCUGGUUCCCUCAGUUGACCGAAACCCGGGCCAUCAUGCUUUCCCGAAGCCUUGCCUUUGCCUAUGGGCUAAUUUGCCUGGGAAUGGCCUAUAUUUCCUCUCAUCUGGGAUCAGUGCUCCAGGCGGCACUCAGCAUCUUUGGCAUGGUUGGAGGACCACUGCUGGGACUCUUCUGCCUGGGGAUGUUCUUUCCAUGUGCCAACCCUCUUGGUGCCAUCGUGGGCCUGUUGACUGGACUCACCAUGGCCUUCUGGAUCGGCAUUGGGAGCAUAGUGAACAGGAUGAGUUCUGCCGUGGCGUCCCCUCCUGUUAAUGGGUCCAGCUCCUUCCUGCCCAGCAACCUGACCAUGGCCACUGUGACCACCCUGAUGCCUUCCUCCACCCAGUCCAAGCUCACAGGACUACAGCGGUUCUACUCCCUGUCCUAUUUAUGGUACAGUGCACACAACUCCACCACAGUCAUCGUUGUGGGCCUGGUUGUCAGCCUGCUCACCGGGGGAAUGCGGGGCCGGACCCUGAACCCUGGCACCAUUUAUCCUGUGUUGCCAAAGCUCCUCUCACUCCUGCCCUCAUCCUGCCAGAAGCGGCUUUGCUGGAGAAGCCACAGCCAGGAUGCCCCCAUGGUUCCCAAACCGUUUCCAGAGAAGAUGAGAAAUGGAGUGCUGCAUGACAGCAGGGACAAAGAGAGGAUGGCUGCGGAUGGCUUUGUCCACCAGCCAUGCAGUCCUACUUGCGUUGUCCAGGAGACCUCCCUGUGACCUGUGAUGGGGACUCAAGCCUCCAGUCUGUCUACCCUGCAGGCCAGCAGCCACAGGCUAUUUUACAGUGCCGUGAUGAGUCUCUACAUGUGUUCUGGAGGGGCGGGGUGGGUGACCCAGCGCACAACAAAGGACCUUGAUCUCUAAUGUUUUCACCUCCGUGGACACUGGUGUAUGCAAGGGUGAGACAGGGUUUUUCCUUAUCCCUUGCCAAUCUCUCUCUUAGGUUUGAGAGGUACAGAACCAUGCACAAGUGGGACAAUCAGAGAAUAUACAGAGAAAGGGUGGCUUUUGAUUAAGUAUGACCAGAGAGUCCUUUGGAGUGAAUGGGAACAUUUCUUGUAGCUGCCUUGGGGCCUGGUUUGGCGAGAUUGACCAUCUCCUCCAUCAAGCAUGAAGUUCUUGGAUACCUCCCCCUUCAUGUCAGUCAUUUGUGAGUUCAGGUUAUCUGUAACACUCAAGUCCCCUCUCAUUCUUACCUGCCUACCUCAGUUCUUGAGAGCGAGUGUCCUGGGUCUCAGAAUAGACAGUUGUGUAACAUCUGCUUCGUAGAGGGGGUAAGUUUUCUGCAUCACAAGCCUCACCUUCCUCAGGUGGUACUUAAGAGACAGGGUCCUCACUGGUUCCUUAUGAAGCAUGCUGUCCUCAGAACUCCUAAGCCAGGCCACCCUGGUUCAUUCUGUCAUUCAUGCACCUAUUUUCUUUUGGAGUUUUCUCAUGCUUUUUGUUUCUAGGGAAUAAAAAAGCUGUUAGAACUAG